AUACCUGAGGUGGGCGGAGCUUCGCCCCGGUCUGACAGAAUCAACUCCCCGACCUUUGGAGCUGGCAGGGAGGGAGAGAGAGAGAGGGGGGAGGCCGAGAACGUAAAGUAAAGACCAGAAUGGCCACAGAUUUCAGUCAGGACGCGGUGUUACGUUUCCUCCAGAGCAGCGGCGGCUCGGUGAAAAACUCGGAUCUGCUCCUGCACUUCAGAAGCUUCAUCCGGAACCAUGAGGACCAGGACCGAAACCGGGAGCUCUUCAAGAAGUUCGUCAACUCCGUGGCGACUGUCAGACAGGAGGACGGCGUCUCCUACGUCGUUCUGAGGAAGAAACUCAGAGGACACAUCCCGGGUGACGGUGGAGGGGGCCCCCCCGGGCCGCCACGACACCCCGCCGGGAAGAACGCCGAGCCCUCCGCGGAGAGCACCGACCUGAACCCGGCUGGGGCCACAGAGACGUCAGGACUGAAACCACGGCGGAGGGAGGUGAAAACACCCGCCCCGCCGGGAGAAACCGCCGGGAAAACAAUCCUACCUGCGGCUGGAAUCAGGCUCGCCAGCUGCAGCAGCAGCAGCAGCAGCAGCAACAACAACAACAACAACGUGGAAACGAAUUUCAACCUGAAACAGAAACAACACCAGGUAAACAGCACACCUGAACUCUCUGGUAGACCAGCAGCAGCUCGGGUGGUGACUCAGAGCUCUGAGAAAACAGAACUGAAGACCCCCAGUCUGCCUGAGCCGCCUGUACGAGAUCAGUGCACUAAGGUGGCACAGCAGAGGGUGGCUUUUGGCCCGCUUCCUGGGAUCACACCAGUGGUCCCUGCAGUCAGAGAAACCAGCCAUCAGGCCCCCGUCCCUGAAACCCUCAGAGGGAGCGAAGCCUGUGUACGGCCCGAGGGCCUUCAUCAAGGGCCUCCUCUUCAUCAUGUCAGUCUUCAUCCUCAGGUCGCUCCACGCCGCUUCAGACACAGGCAGAGCUACAAAUCUGCUGUUUCUUAUGAUGAAGAUGAGGAGGAAGAGGAGGAGGUCACAGUGAGGCGAGGUUCUGCAGGAGGAGUGUGGCCCCUGAGUGAUCCUCUGAGGGACGCAGGGAGAGCCAUCUCCGCCUCCUCGCCGUGCAUCACAGAACUGCCUGCUCCUCCCUCUGUCAUCUCCUCUUCCUUCUCCCCUUCAUCAGAGAGGAAUCCUCCUAAUAUUUACAUCCAGGGUGUGGAAGGGGAAACGCUGCCCCCUCACGACCCAGGCUUUGGGUCAGAGCUGGGGCUGAAAGGACAAUGGGCAGGGACAGGGCUGGAACCUGUGUCUGUAUCGUCGGAGUUAAUAUCCACCAGACACAGCAGGCCUUUAGAUGCAGAGCGCUACACACCGCCACGAGACCGAGCUAAAGAGGCUUCGCCCCACCGUGAUAUCCACCAGGACCGCCAAUGCCCGCAGGCCCCAGGUGUUCAGCUGGAACCCAGGCAGGGGCCUCAUCACAGCCAAAGGGCGUGGCUGUCGUCUAGCCACAGCAGCCUCUUCUCCCCCUCGUCGGAUGCUGGCUUCUCCAGCAGCGACUGGCCUACAUCUGGCUUAUCCAGAGGCUCGAGGUGGAACAGCAGCCAAGAGGAGCUACAGGCCAGAACAGGUGGGCGCAGGGCUAAAAUCCAGGAAGUACUCCAGCGAGCCCAAAGGACCAAGCUUGAGUCUGUGACGCAUCUUGCCGACAGUAAAACCACAGCAGGCCGUCUCCGCCAGGACCAGCAUCCUACAACUCAUUUGUCACCAUUCCAUCACUCAGCUGACAAUCUCAAUGACGACCAGCACUCUACAGUCCCAGUGUUGCCAUUCCACCUCUCCUCAGGUGAUCUUUAUGACAAUCGCGAGGAGGCGAAGUCGAGUGAGGGCUCCACCCCUUCACCGCUGCUGCGGCAGCACCCAGCAGUCACCAGGCGGCUCAGCAGCCAGCUGAGAAGCAGGAUGUGUCGAAGCCUAGGGGCCGACCUUGACCAGCUCCUCCAGGAGGAGGUGAGGGGAAGAGGGGGGAGUGAGGUGGCCCGACUGAACCGCCUCCACCUGAUCUCCUCCUCACUCAGCCUGAAUUACAACCUCUCAUCCUCCUCGCUGUCGUCCUGCUCCACGCCGCCUCGCUGUGACAGCUUCCCCAACCUGGUCGAGGGGGGGGGGCAGAGUGGAGGGAGGAGGAGCCUCCCCGCGUCAGCUGCCUCCUCCACCGCUCACCAUGAAGGCUCCAGUAGGCAGCAGUCGUUGGUUCCUCUGGAGCCCAGGGAGCACGCCUGGCUGGUGAAGGGGGCGGAAGGUGCCUGGCCCGACAUCUACUCCUUGUUCAGAGAGGAAUCGUCCCUGCUAAACAAACGAGACUUCAUCUCCGGCUUCACUGUGCUGCACUGGAUUGCUAAACACGGUGACCACCGAGUCCUCAACACCUUAUGGUAUGGGGUUCAAAAGGCUGGUUUGAUGUUUGACAUAAACGCAAGGUCAACAUGUGGCCACACGCCUCUCCACAUUGCCGCCAUCCAUGGAAACAAGAAUAUAAUGCGGUUGCUGGUUACCAAGUUCAACGCUGACGUGAGGCUGAGGGAUACAGCGGGAAAGAAGCCCUGGCAGUACCUGAGCUGCACUGUGCCACUGGACAUCUUCCAGCUGCUGGGAGCACCAGCAAGGGCUGCUUUGGGAGGAGGGGGAGGAGUCAGGAGAGUAGAAACCAGUUGGGAGCAAAAACAACAGCAGCAGUACCGCCGCCGUCGACGGCAUCAUCUCUCCUCGGCUUCCUCGGGAGAGAGGCCAUUGACCAUUGCAGGCACAACAAGGGUCAAAAGGUCGUCAUCGAUCGCUGCAUUCCUCAAACACAAAUCACUGCGUCGGUUUCAUGGACAUCAGUCUGACUCCUCAGUCUGAAAACCUCAACUGAUGGAUUAAGUUGGACGUUGUUUGGAGAAUUCUGAAACCUGAUUGGUUUACCGACCACUCAAUUGAACAACUGUUAGCUGGUCUCACAUACAAAAACAAUAUUUUGAGUUGGGUCUAACCACAACACAGCCAAGAUCAAAAAGUGUCAGCAAUUCCCCACAGCAUAUUCUGAUCCUUGACACUGACCGUACCCCCUGGCUGGCAUGCCUAAAUCAUAAAUGGCAAGUAAAUUCUGUGCCACAGAUACCACUUCUCAUUGGCAUUAAAAAAAACAUUUCAGUGGCCAUUGGUGUAGCUAGUGUUAAAGUUCAUUACAUUUUGUGUUUACAACUUUGUUGCAGUCCAACAGGCUUCCUAUUAUAACCAUAAAAGGGUUCAUGUUUAGCUAUGGCUAACCUGACUAGCUUAGCUAUAUAUUUCUGUAACGUGUCCCUACAAGGAGUCCAGUGAAACCAGCAUUUAUUUGCAAAAUUUUGGACCAAAAUUAAUUUCAGUGGAAUUGCCACAAUCGCUGUAUUUGCUCAGAGAGUAACCUGCAAAUCGACUCGAUACAGCAAAGAGAACCAGAGGGUCCAAAAUGGAGCAAGCUAUAAUAUUAAAUGUUUCGCACCAUUUAAUUUUAAGAAGCCUUUUAAUAAAUGCUCCGCAAAAGAGUCAUGGUUUAAAUUCAACAGUCAGAUUGGAGUCUAGCUAACAAGCAUGUUGUCAGUUAGCCUGCCGGCUAAAGUAACUAAACCUCAAGUAGUCAUGUCACCAACCUCUUUCAUGAAGGCUGGCAAAAGCUACCAGUUCUUAAUGGCACCUGACAGUGGAACAUGAGUGACAUUCUGUUUAUCAGCGGAACAUGGAUCAGCAGCAGCACACAGCACAACAGUCGACAGUGACACACCACCAAUCAGCAUAUGCCAUUCAAACAGCUUCUCUCAAAGUUUACAUCAUUUACGUCACUGUGGAUGCAGAAAAAUUCACAUUUUCCUGAUCUUCAGGUUUAC